UACCGAUGCCAAAGUAAUGAAAUCUUUCUCAUUUCUUCCCUCUUUUACAUCCAGGCAAAGAAUCAGUUGCUAGCAACUUUCUUGUUCCUGGUUGCCACUCACUGUUCCAUUCUCCAAAGUGGCGUGGCCAGCAGCAAUCAAGCCUGCCGUCCUAUCAAUGCUACCAUUGCAGCUGAGAAGGAUGGCUGCCCUGUCUGCAUGGCCAUCACCACUUCCAUCUGUAGUGGCUACUGUAAUACCAAGGAUAUACUGUGGAAGCCUCUCUUCUCCUCCUUCAGACAAAAGGUCUGCACUUACAAAGAAAUACAAUAUGAGACUGCACUUCUGCAAGGCUGUCCCCCAGAUGUUGAUCCAUCUUUCAUCUACCCUGUAGCUCUCAGUUGUCAUUGUGACCUAUGUAACAUGGAUUCCAGUGACUGUACUGUUCAGGGCAUUGGGCCUGACUCCUGUAGCAACCAAAAUCUCCUUGCCUAAUAAAGAAGGGUGACUAAUAAAUGCCUGCUAGGCCAACAAUAGUGCAUAUGCUUGUAGAAAUGCUUUAUUGAAUGUAACUGACAUACUUCAAUCCAGUCCUUGCAUGUUCACUCCAUCUACUUUUCCAUCAGGUUCAUAUAUUAAAGGAACUCACUCUGAUUAUAAUCUUAUAUUAUCUCUGUUUCUGAGAAGGAUAAACUCUAAAAUGAAAUGUAGCAUCCUGGACUUAGAUUUUUACUUCUUCCCUAUGAAAGCCUCUGUUGUAGCCAAACAGAUGCGUUUGGAAAGCUAAUUUGAAUACAAUGUAUCAUCUUUUAAUGACCCCAUAAUCCCUUGCAGGGUGGAGUCUGGAUAGCUGAAGAUCUAGUGUUUUAAUGGCUGG